UAAGGAUUUUGUUUUCUUUUCAUAAGUGAUCCUUCAAUCGUUUUCUAGGAAAAUAGAUAUUUUCUUCAGCAAUGAAGCACGAGCAAGUUGUUGUCGAUUAUUGGUAUAUGUUUAAGACGUCAGCAACAUGUCUGUUGCUGGCAUUUUUCGGUUACAUUUUGAUAAAAAUGGUGCAAACAAUAUUUUGGUUGCCGGGAUAUCUGCAAAAUAAUCAAAAACGAUUAGAGGAGCUUGCGGCUCAAUACUCUGUGGAAUUAAAUAAAGAAAAUGAAGAAGAGAAAAAUGUUGCAGCCCCGAACAAAGAAUCAUCAUCAAUAACCAGCCCCGAGAUUAAUGAAGAUGUGGUAGUAACUGAAGACAAAAAGGAAAAAUAAAACAUUUUGAUUGUUCAGUUUGUUUAAUUAUAAUAAAUAUAACU